CACUGCCAGGUGGAGCACUGCCGGCAGCGAGGAGUCGCUUUGGAGUGGCACUGGUCCCUGCUGGGGGAGUAGUGUGACAGGAGAGGAGCCGCUUUGGAGGGAGUCUGCUGAGGGGAGCAGGUUGGAUGCGGUGGAAAUGCAGCCUUGAACACAGAAGCAGGGAGUCACAUAGCUGUCCUGAGGUGACUGUAAUCAAUGAGAGACUGAAGUCAGAUAAGCCCACAUCUUACCCUUGCUCAUUCAAGGACUGUGCUGAGAGAGAGCUAGUGCCAAUUAAAUGUCCUUAUUGUGAGAAGAAUUUUUGCCUGAGGCACCGUCAUCAGUCGGAUCAUGAAUGUGAAAAACUGGAAAUUCCUAAGCCUCGUAUGGCUGCCACUCAGAAGCUUGUUAAAGACCUCAUUGAUUCUAAGACAGGAGAGACAGCAAGUAAACGACGGAAAGGUGCAAAAAAUAGUGAAACGGCUGCAAAGGUAGCACUGAUGAAAUUAAAGAUGCAUGCUGAUGGAGAUAAGUCAUUACCACAGAAAGAAAGAGUUUACUUUCAGGUUUUCUUACCUAAAGGGAGCAAAGAGAAGAGCAAACCAAUGUUCUUUUGCCACCGAUGGAGCAUUGGAAAAGUCAUCGACUUUGCAGCUUUUUUAACAAAUCUUAAAAAUGACAAUAACAAAUUAACAGCAAAGAAAUUAAGGUUAUGUCACAUUACUUCAGGAGAAGCCUUACCCUUGGAUCAUACCUUGGAAACCUGGAUUACUAAGGAGGAUUGCCCUUUGUAUAAUGGUGGAAAUAUUAUCUUGGAAUAUCUUAAUGACGAAGAACAGUUUUUAAAAAAUGUUGACUCUUACUUGGAAUAGUCAUGUAAGGGAUUCAAGACAGAAAUGAUGAGGAAAAUUCUGUGUUAAGUCCAUUUCUUUUACUACACAUACUACACAGAUUUAUUUUUAAAUGUUGCAUUUUAAUUUCUAUUAUGUCCUUUCUAUUAUCAAUUUUCUGCUAAAUUGAAUUUGAAUUUUUGUGUUUUAAACUAUGAACUGACAUUCAUUUGUUAGCAAAUCUUUGUAUUUAACUAGCUUUUAUUAGAUUAUGGUUAAUAAUAGCAAAAAGAGGUGUAUUUCACUUAUUUUUAAUGUCAGCUGUUGAUGGGCUGUGACUCUGCUGCAUAUGAUCGUUACUCCAGGAUCUAAGCUGAAGAAGUGACUCUGUUUUAGACAUUGCUGCUUUUAUGGUGGAGGAAGAAGGAGCUGGCUUUUCGAAGAUGCAUGUAACAUGGCUAAGCCUAGCAUCAUGAGGCCAGGAAGUAUAGCCUUAACUGUAUGUCAGCAUUUAUAAAUUAGUGUAUGUACAUGAAUCAUAGAAACAUAGAGUGAAUGAGAUGGUCUCCAAGUUUUUGGAUGAGGAAUCUCAGGCUUAGGAAGAGAAAAGGUUUUCUUGGUGUCCCCUAACUGCUUUGGGGCAUAUCUCUCUGAUAAAGAUCCUCUUCCAGUACGAUUCACCAUUUUUAUUUGUGUAAAUGUAUUACAAAUGAGGAAGGAUGAGGUAGCACAACUUCAUUACAGUGUCUUUAUAGACAUGCAAAAUACAUGCCAAAAAUAACUGUAUUUUACCAACAUAUUAAAAUGAAUGUGUCCGACUGAUAUGUUCCAUCAGUACUCAACAAAGUACUAUAUGGAAGGAAAAGAAAUGAUUUCUGCUUGUUUUUGUCCCUUGUUGGGGAAGGCUUUGUCCCUUUUUCUAAUUGUCAGGGACACACAUAAUGGCUUUAGGUACAAUUAAAGCUCAGAAUA